AUGGCAAAGAAGAAACCCACCCCUCCUCCUCCCGAGCCAAAGGGCAAAAAGAACCAAAAGGCCAAAACCACAGAGCCUCCACCAGCUAAAGGCAAGAAAUCUAAGAGCAAUACCCCAGAGGUUUCCAACGAUGAUCCCCUGAAACCACAACGAGGAUUGGCCAUUGGAGAGAACUUCGGUUGGACUGGUAAACUUCCAGCAACUUUACUUUACGAGUUCUGUCAGAAACAGAAAUGGAACAAAGUCAUCUUUGACAUGAAGAAGACCUCUAAAGGCUUCAUUGGCAUUGCAGACCUCAGCUGGGAGAACCCAAAGACCAAAGAGGUUAUCCAUGUGAAGAUGAUGCCUGAUACUCAGGUCCUUCCUCCUAGAGAAACCACCAACGAGGCUCGUCAUUUUGCAGCCACUUACGCCAUGCACAGAUUGAACUAUGUUAAGAACCUACGAAUGGUGCUACCCAUUAUCUUCAGAGACUACUGGUCAGACUUGGAGACUCAUAGACAAGAAUUGCUUAAGAAGAGCAAAGCUGAACACGAUAGGAUUUAUAAUGCAAAUCCUUUCCAGGUGUAUUUGGACGAUAAGGCUGCUAGUGAGAAGAAGGCUAAGGAAAGAGAGGCUAGAGCUAAUAACGAAGCUAAGACUAAUGCUCCAAAGGCUAGCAUAUCAAUUGGGACACCAAAGACAACAACCAAGGAAAAGACGAAACAGGAGGUUUCCAGACCUAUUAGGGUUCGCCUGACUGCUAACCUUCCUACAUUUCCUAGAAAAGCAUGGGACUCUGCUCCGUUUAUUGAUUUCCCUAUUGAAGUCAGAACGUCUGUGGAAAGGCUGAUCAAGGAUCAUAUUGCAUGGGUUGAAGAUGAAGAGGAUUCUCCUGCUGACGAAAAGCUCAGGUCGCAAUGGAAGAAGGACUUGGUAGGCUUGAACUUUAGAGAAAGUCAUGUUGAUGAAGCUCUUUCGUAUACACAUUCGUUCAAGGACGCUUUGGAAUGGCUCUUGUUUCAUAUUCCCGAUGACGAUUUACCAGUAUUUUUUGCCAAAAGGGACGAGGAUUCCAGCGUUUCAUUAAAGAUUUCCAAGGAUAUCCAAACCGAGUAUGCUAUCCAAAGAUUGGCACAGUCCGGGUGUGAUAAAGACGAUAUUUUGGAGACUUUGAGCGAAUGCAACGGAGAUGAAAGGAAAGCAGCCAUAAGCCUCUGCUACAUGACUCUUGAAUACGCUUCUGAUGCACCAGAAGACCCAAGCGCUCUUGAUACAUGGUGCGAGGAAUUAGACAGUAUAAAGAUGAUUGGGUCAAAUGAAGUUAAGUAUCUUGAUCAGCUGAAAAAGGUCGCUUGCAUAGAUCUCAAUGUUGAACAUGUGGAAAAGGGUAUGCUUCUGGUGAACCUCUUCAUGCCUGAUGCCUACCCAAAUGCAUUCCCUGGUGUUCAGAUUGUUGUCAACAGUCAGUCUUUUAAGCUUGCAAACUAUAUCAAGUUGGCUAUCGUUCGUCAACUUUUAGAGUAUGUCGUUCGUGAUGGGUUGCUUGGUGACUGCUAUAUUUAUUUUUUGGUUGAAUGGCUAGAGACCAACAUUGCAAAGGUUAUUCAGAACCCUGGACCAUUGAGUGUGGCACCAGCAAUUGCUGCUUCAGACAAACAUCAAACGGCAAGCCUGAAGAAGCUGAGAGAUAAGCUGUCUGCUAGAAAGCAACCUCAAUUGACCGAUAGCGAUAUUAAAGAGCUUCAAAACGCGUACAAGGCUAAGGCAUCACUGGCUGAGCUCAAGAAAUCGCUUGAUGCUCGUGCUAAACUUCCGGCUUGGCAAAAGAGGGAGCAGUUGGUGGACGUCAUUAAUUCUAACAAGGUUACCUUGGUCACAGGAGAAACAGGAUCAGGUAAAAGUACGCAGAUUGUUCAAUUCAUUCUUGACGACUUAAACAAGAAGGGAAAUUUCUCCAGCACAAUCAUCUGCACCCAGCCAAGAAGAAUCUCGACUAUCGGUUUAGCUGAUCGUAUAUCUGACGAAAGAAUUCUGGAUGUGGGCAAAGAAGUUGGAUACAUUAUUCGUGGUGAAAACAAGACAUGCAAAACUACAAGACUACUGUUCGUCACUACCGGUGUUCUCCUCAGAAUGCUUCAGUCUUUCUUGUCGAACGACCAAGAUGGCAAUUCAUCUAUCUUUGACAGGCUUGAGUAUAUCUUUAUUGAUGAAGUCCAUGAAAGAUCAGUGGAUAGUGACUUCCUUCUUAUCAUCUUAAAGAAGAUAAUGAACAAAUUCCCCAAAUUGAAGAUUGUUCUUAUGUCUGCUACCAUCAACACGGAGUCGUUCAUGAAGUUCUUCCCAACCAAGGUGAAUCACAUCCAUAUUGAAGGAAGAACUUUCCCAGUGGAAGACCGUUAUCUCGAUUCUGUACUCGAUGACUUGGACUACAGCAUUACAAACUAUAACGGUGAAGUCAUCAAGCCAAAGGCAGACUCUCACUAUUUCAAGACAGGCACUGCUAAUUAUGAUCUUGUUGCCAAGCUUUGUGUUUUGGUUGAUAAAAAGCUUGCAAAUGAGAGAAAUAGUGGCUCCAUCUUGAUCUUCUUACCUGGUAUUAUGGAAAUUAACAAAUGUAUCAGGAAGAUUGAAGAUGAAUAUGAUAGAAAAGGAUUGGAUUGUUGGUGCUUACCAUUGCAUUCUACGCUUUCUUCGAAGGAUCAAACAAGAGUUUUUAAGAAAGCGCCUUCUGGAUCUAGAAAGAUUGUCGUUUCGACAAACAUUGCAGAGACAUCUAUCACCAUUCCAGAUUGUGUUGCUGUGAUCGAUAGUGGACGUUCUAAGAGCAUUUUCUUUGAUGCUCAAUCGAAUGUCUCGAAACUCAUUGAAAGCUGGUGCUCAAGAGCGGAAAUGUCUCAAAGAAGAGGUCGUUCUGGUCGUAUACAGAAGGGAACUUGCUACCAUUUGUAUACGAAGGAUACGUUCGAUCUGGUUUUGGCUCAGCCUGUCCCUGAAAUUAAGAGAGUCAGGUUGGAUAACCUUUAUUUGGUUGUCAAAGCUAUGGGAAUCAAGAAGGUCGAUGAGUUCUUGAACAGUGGACUCGAUCCUCCUGAUGUCCUGGCAAUCAAAAAGACAAGAGCUAUGCUUGAAGAAAUUGGUGCAAUUGUUGCAUCUGACACUCAGGAAUCAUUGACCCAUUUGGGUAAGUACUUAUCCUUCAUUCCUACGGAUUUGCAGCUGGGCAAGAUCUUGAUUCUUGGAUGUAUCUUUUCAUGCGUGGAAAUGUGUCUUACUCUUGCUGCAAUCAGUUCUACUGGAAGUCCUUUCAUCAAUAACAUAGAAAAGGGUGAUGAAAUAAGACUGAUAAAAGCAAGAAUAGGAAAGUUGCAAGGUGACUUUAUUGCAUCAGCUUUGGCCUAUCAUGAAUACGCCGAACUUCAGGGCAAUGAGAGAAAGAAGUUUAUUGCUGCAAACCAUUUAUCUUACAUGACCUUGCAGGAUAUACAAUCCAACCGUACUCAGUACUUGCUGACAUUGAAGGAAAUUGGGUUUGUGCCUUUUAAUUACCUGAAAGAUAAGCCUGAAGGAAAGUUAUUGAACAGGAACGAUGAGAAUUUCGAUAUCGUUAGAGCCAUUAUCACUGGGUCUUAUACUCCUCAGCUUGCUCGUGUACAGCUUCCUGAUCCAAAGUACGCCCAGACUCUUGGAGGAGCAGUGGAAGUGGAUCCAGAUGCCAAGAAGACAAAAUUCUGGAUCAGAAACGAAAAGUAUAUUGCAGAGGUGAAUGAUGGACCAGAAGUGAAGGAAUUGCCUGCUUCGAGAGUGUUCAUCCACCCUUCGUCGAUGCUCUUUUCGAACUCGGCAACAGGCGCAUCUAUUCCUAACCUUGAAGACCUCACGCUCGAAGAUGGAUCCAUUGACAUGCAAAAAGCCAGAAAACAAUUUGACUUGACGCCAUCUGUGGGUCUGUCUUCAAAGUCCUUACACAAGUCACCUUUCGUGGUAUACAAUUCAUCCAACUUCACAUCCAAGCAUUUCUUACGAGACAUUACGCCUACGAGCACAAUCACUGCAUUGCUCUUUGGAGGAGAUAUUUCGUACGAUAUCAGUGGCCAACUCCACGCUUCAAAGAAGUGUCCAGGUAUUGUAUUAGACCGUUGGCAGCCAAUCAGGACAUGGUGCAAGAACGGUGUUUUGAUAAAGAGAUUAAGGCUUCUUUUGGAUAAGGUGAUCGACAACAAACUCUCAAACCCACUGUUUGAAAAAUCCCACAAUGCCGAUGAAGAAAUCAUAGAGGUAGUCAAGAAGGUCUUGACUGUUGAUACCAGGCAGAGAUAG